CCCCUCUUUUUUUUUUCUCUUUCUCUCCUUCUCUUCUUUAUUCCUUCCGUUAAAAAACAACCUUUCAAUUAUGACACACCACGGACAUCUCUUGUCAAUUAACUACCGAGCACUUGUCACUCAGUACCUUGAGGAAGACGUGCCUUCUUUUGACUAUGGAGGCUUCGUUGUAGGAGAAGACGAGCAAGAAGCAUUGUUGUACUGUAAGGCCGAAGGUGUUCUUGCUGGUGUUCCAUUUUUUGAUGAAGUCUUUCGUCAGUUGGACUGCAAAGUAGAGUGGCAUAACCAAGAAGGUGAAUGGAUCAAACCAGAGGGUGGUAAACAAGUCAUUGCCCGUGUUACAGGCAAAGCCCGUAAUAUCCUAUUGGGUGAACGCACUGCCCUGAACAUUAUAUGUCGUUGUAGUGGAAUUGCUCUUCGUGCUCGCAAGGUACAUGAGCUUCAGAAAGAGAAGGGCUUUACAGGUGUAAUUGCUGCCACUCGAAAGACAACUCCAGGUUUCCGACUGGUCGAAAAGUAUGGUGUUUUGGUCGGUGGUUUGGAUACUCACCGUAUGGAUUUGUCUUCGAUGGUAAUGUUGAAAGACAACCAUAUUUGGAGUUCAGGUUCUAUCACAAAGGCAGUAAAGCAGGCUAGAAGUGUAUGUGGAUUUGCAUUGAAAAUCGAAGUCGAAUGUCAGUCAGAGGAAGAGGCGGAUGAGGCCAUUGCUGCAGGUGCAGAUAUCGUCAUGCUUGAUAACUUUUCUGGGGCUGGUCUUCAAUCGGCAGCCAAGAGUAUCAAACAGCGUUGGGCUGAAAAGGGUGUGAAACACUUUUUGAUCGAGAGCAGUGGAGGAAUUACAUACGAGACUUGUGCUUCGUACUUUUGUAAAGAUAUCGAUGUUCUCAGCAUGAGCACAAUCACUCAGGGUGUUCCUCAUGUAGAUUUUUCUCUCAAGAUCACCAAGAGACAUUAAAGACAAACAAUAUGCAAAAUAUAUAUAUAUACAACACCAUAUAAAAAAACAGAUACUUCUUUUGCCUUUUAUAUACUUAUUACUGUCACCAUUGAACAAAAAAUAAUAAUAAUAUAAUAUAAUACAGUACCAAACAAUAAGAAUAAU